AUGCCAGUUGCUUCUUCAUGACUUUUCUUGUGUUUUGUAGACCUGACCCCAACACACAUCAGCUGGCAGCCAUCAGUGAACGCAGCCAACCACCACACUGACAGAUAUGCCAACACGGAGCUGACUGUGAGGCGAGGACAAGCCUUCGCUAUCACCCUGUACUUCAACAGACCCAGGCAGAAUGGGGAGAGCCUGGGAUUUGUCACUGAAAUAGGACCAUCCCCCUCGGAAUCUCAUCGCACCAGGGCAGUGUUUAACCUGUCUGAGGCGGGGGGCAGUGGCUGGAGUGCUGCCCAAGGACCCAGCGACUCUGCAGCCAUCAACUUCACAAUCUCCAGCCCAGCCAACGCUGUCAUUGGGAGAUACAACCUCACCCUCCGGGUCACCUCAGGGAACCAGAUCUUCUCCAGAUACCUGGGCCAGUUUGUGUUACUCUUCAACCCUUGGUGCCCAGGUGAUGAUGUCUACAUGUCCAAUGAAAACGAGAGACAAGAAUAUGUUCUAAAUGAAAAUGGAAUAAUCUUUGUGGGUAAUGCAAGGUACAUUGAAGCAAGAGGGUGGUAUUAUGGACAGUUUCAAGACCUCCUGAACAUCUGUCUCACCAUGCUGGAUCUGAGCCUGUACUACCGCCAGGACCCAGCCAUGGAUGUGUCCCGGAGAGGAGAUCCCAAAUACGUGGGCAGAGUAAUCAGCUCGAUGAUCAAUGGGAACGAUAACGACAAUGGAGUUCUCCUGGGCAAGUGGCAAGGGAGUUUCCACUCGCAUGAGAACCCAUCCAGGUGGGAUGGCAGCGUGGUGAUCCUCAAGAAGUGGCGUCAGGACAACUACAGGCCUGUCCAGUACGGCCAGUGCUGGGUGUUUGCAGGUGUGAUGUGUACAGUUUUGAGGUGCCUGGGGAUUCCAACUCGUUUGGUUUCAAAUUUUAACUCUGCCCAUGACGUGGAUAGAAACCUGAGUAUCGAUAAGUACUAUGACAGCUCUGGAAGGAGUCUAAAUAUCAGCAAGGAUUCCACAUGGGAUUAUCAUGUCUGGAAUGAAAGCUGGUUCAUUCGCCCAGACCUGGGAAGAGCAUACAACGGGUGGCAGGUUUUGGAUGCAACUCCACAAGAACAGAGCAGAGGAAUUUUUCAGUGUGGCCCUGCAUCUGUCUUAGCCAUCAAAGAAGGUGAAGUGGGUCUGGAUUACGACACCUUGUUUGUGUACUCAGAGGUGAACGCCGACUGCAACAGAUGGAUUGUAUACAACGAUGGAACUAAGAAAAGAGUUUAUUGUGAUACUGAAAUCAUUGGCAGGUCUAUCAGCACCAAAGCUGUGGGCAGCAAUGGCCGUGUGGAUAUCACUGCUAACUACAAAUAUCCAGAAGGAUCUUCUGAGGAAAGGCAAGUCUAUAGAAAGGCCUUGGCUAAGAUACUGGGAACAAGUGUCACAGAAGGACGCACAGACUCUCCUGGGGGAAGAUCUGCAGACACAAUGAGGAACCCUGGCAUCGCUGGGAAAUUCAAGCUGGCUGAACCUCCAGUUUUUGGCAAAGACAUUAACCUGGUCCUGGUCCUCAACAACCUCUCCUCUGAGCGCAAGAGCGUCAGGGUGGACAUGAGCGCCUCCACCAUCCUGUACACCAGGAGAACAGUGGCAGAGAUCCUGAAGGCAGCCACUUCUGUGGAGCUGGGUCCUAAACAAGGGAAGCACAUCCGGGUAAAGAUCCCUUAUACUCAUUAUGGAAGAUAUCUGACUACUGACAAAAGGAUCCAAGUUACUGCUCUGUGUGAAGUGAUGCGCUCGAACGGGCUGAAGCUGCUGGUGGAGAAGACAAUCAUUUUAGAGGACACAAACAUCAUCAUUAAGCUGCCCCGGAGGGUUGUGGUGAACAGAGCUGUGUCUCUGGAGAUCUCCUACGCCAACCCCCUCCCCGAGCCCGUGAGCCGCUGCGUGCUGCUGGUGACUCUGAUGAACCAGCAGGUCAAGAUCAAUUUGGCACGACUGGCACCGAGGGAGAGAUCAAAAAUUUUUUUUGAGUUCACACCUCGGAGGGCUGGGCCCUUACAGCUGCAAGUAGACUUCUCUUGUGACAAAUUUUCACACGUGAAGGGAUUUGUAACAAUUGCAGUAGCACCUGCAUAA